GUAAUGUGUGGUGACGUGCCGUGAAUCUCGAAACGUGGCUGACGUUUGCGUUGUUUUGUCAGUUUUCCUUUCGUUAUUUCCAACAUCGGUGGCCGCUAAUAGUGCGCUAAAUUGCGUUUCGCAAAGUAUUAUCUAAAAACUUAAUACUUUAAUUAUUUCAAAAUAAUGGAUCAAAUCGCGAAGUUCGUAGAGCCUGGCAAGCAGUUCGCCAAGGACUCCAUCAGACUGGUGAGGAGAUGCACCAAACCAGACAGGAAAGAAUUCCAAAAGAUUGCCAUCGCCACAGCCAUCGGUUUCUGCAUCAUGGGCUUCAUCGGAUUCUUUGUCAAACUGAUACACAUUCCCAUUAACAACAUCAUUGUCGGAUCAUAGACUGCCUAGUUUAGUUUUAGACGUAAUUCUACAUUUAAGACCUCCAACAACUCUAUAAGUUAUCUGUCGUAAAUUUCAUUUAUAAUUGUUUCUUAAAAAAAUAAAUUAUUCAAUAAACUUUUCUUUAUUUUUCACUGGCAACUAGCUAGAUCUAAUCUAUACCUGUGUGCAUGAAUGAAAUGGUUAGUUAUCUGAAUUCUGUGUACCUCAUUGAUUUUGAUUAUGUGUAAUAUAUUAAAAUAAAUUCUAUAUUUAUUAAAUAUAUUAGAUCUAUAAUUA